AUGCCCCUUCGCCGCCUCCUUGAGCUUCCUAUCGACAUUUUGUAUCAGACGCUCCAAUGGCUCUCACCACGAGACGCCGUCGAGCUUUCCGCCGCACUCCCUGAAUUCCAUGUUUUCCUGUCGAGUCCUGAAGCCAACACCGUGUGGAUCAAGCUUCUUCGCGCGGAGAACGCUCCUCAACACCCGAAUGGAUUUCCCUACCUCAAAUGGGCGGACUUGCUCUUCGGAGCGCUCAUCUGCGAAAGCUGUGGAAAGGGAGACACAUUACCGAAUUUCUGCUUAAUGCGGAGGAUAUGUCAAGACUGCUUGGAUAAACCGCACAACAUCGUGAUAUCUAGGGAGCCGAUAGCCAAGGACAAAGGACCUCAAAGUCCACUACGGGAUAUGGUGUUCAACUAUACCAGCAAACAUUAUGGUAGUGGCUCAGGCCCAACCGUCCGUAUAUACUGGAAGGCAGACUGGGAGGAAAUUAAACGCAGCUUUGAACAAUUCAAGGCGAAUAUCGCCGGGGAUGACGUAGAGACAAAGGACACACUUGGGAAGUUUAUUGAGGAGAGGAAAGCACUCGUACUCCUCGUUUCGAAGAAAGCAGCGGAUAUGCAGCCCUGGAUAAACGAAUUGUCGCGCAAGAAUGCCGCCGAUAAAGUUGAACAGAAACUGAUGUUUGCGAAACUUAUAAGGUCGCGAUGUCUUGAUGCUGGGUACGACCCACGCGAUGUGCAGAGCGUCGCCCUGAAGCUUGUAGCAUUGGCCACACCCAAGAAGCAGUUCACCGACGCAGAUUGGUCUGCACUCCUCCCCCGGAUCACUCAGACCCUCGCAUUCGCGAAAUCCCGGCGUCUCGAGCGCGAGCGCGCCGAGAUAAUCAUUUCUCGGCGUAGCGCUAUCGCCAGGUUGUACCUUUCCAUCGCGAAAGAGCUGCCUGCUGAACAGUGGGCGGCGUUACCUGGUGCAGAGUACGUUAUGGGGGUGGGCGUUUUUAAGGAGUUGAUCAAUGAUAAAUUCAUUGACGGCGGCAGUGGAGAGAUGGGGAAGGAGGAGUUUGAUAUCGACCAUCCCAAGUUUGCCCAUUUGAAGCUGAGAGAGAGGAUGAGGAGCGAGAUCGAGGGCUGGGGAUUGAGGAGGCGGCAGAGGUUGUUAAAGGUCUUACGUGCCGGUGUUAACGAGGAGGCAAAGAAUCAAAACCAUGCGAAAGAAGAGCAUGGGGAGAAUGAGAACCAAGUAUCGACAAAGGACGACGACAGGGAGACGGGGAAGACCCCACGCUCUGUAGACGAGCUCAAAAAGGAUACACCGCCUCGAGCUGAGAUACAGCUCGAAGACCUCGAUCUUGCUACCACGGUCUUAGAGCUUCCUCCACCCUCCACGUCUCUUUCGUCCUCGCCGUCCUCGCCAUCCUCCCCCACACUCCCAUUUCCCAUUUCCCGCCCUCCCUCGUCUUCAAGGUCAGUCGCAACGUUGAUCCCGACCCCGAGGUCGUCAAAGUCAAGGAGGGUGUGUAUAUCUUGGGCGGAUGUUGUGCCUGUAUUGCGCCGUGAUGGCGACGGUCUCCUUCGUAGCGGGCUUCAAUGGAGCUCGAGGGGCUCUGGGGCCGUUAGGGCACUUAUCGCAUUGAUCAAUACAGGCUUGGGUGGGGAGCCGGCUCUUAGAGUGGAGACGGCGCAACCAAAGGAUUUGGAUCGGGUCGAUGCGAGGAUUCAGUGUAUGGAUUGCCGUGAGCACACAGCGGGAGCGGCUAUGACUUGGCGUGAAUGCGUCCAUCACUUCAUCGAAGCUACCACUCACGGCCAUCCCAACUUCUAUAUUCUUUCUCCCUCGGAUUCUACUGCCGUCAAACAACGCGAGGACUCGGUAGCGUUAGCGAAGACGUUUUUGUAUACAUGCAAUCGAUGCACGCACUUCUUCCCUCAAUUCGUGCAGAAAGAGUUGGUUAUAGAGCAUCUCCAAACGAAGCAUGGAACUGCUUCAUCAGUUGUUGGUGUUGAUGUCGUGACACAGUAUGAUGAGAUACGCCCCAAGGACGCGAUUGUUAUGCACACGCUUUCCCAGGAGGCAUUCAGUACCUGCACCUCCGAGCCCACUGCUUGA